UUUGGGAAGUGGAAUCACGAACGCGGUCAUGAAUUCGAACGCCAGAAGAAUGAACGGUGGCGGUGCUCCAAUUGGAGGAGGUGGAUCUGCUGCGUCUCUGAAAAUUUCGAGUUCGAUUUCGGUCUCCCAAGUCGGCAAUCUUCCAGGCCGUUGAACGACCAGAAGACGCAGUACUCAUCAUCAUCAUCAUCAUCUUAUUCUUCAUUUUCUUAUUCCGGAAAUCCACCCGCUUCAGGGCCAAACAAGCCCUCUUGGAGCCACCAGCCGGCUCCGGCUGCCCGGCCGGCGCAGGUGGGGACGAGGGAUGCGGGGAUCGGGAACCUUUCGGGGCCGACGUCGAUGGUGGGUGAUAUCUUCGGCAAGAGUUGGUUGCAGCAGCCAAUCUCUUCUUCGGCUUCGAAGACCGGAGUAGGUCAAGCGGGGAUCGUGGGCACCAACCCGAAUCUGUUCAGCGAUCUCGUUGGCUCGGCGUUUGGUCAGGGAAAGAGCUCCAACGCCCCUCUGAAGGAUUCUGCUCCGAAAGGAUCGUUUUCGAUGGGGAAUUUGGCGGGAUCGCUUCCGAAGUCGAAUCCUUUGGGGUCGGCGAAUUCGCGAUCUUCUGAAAGUCUUGGGAGUUUUGCAUCAGAAACCCAUCAGUCAACGAAUGGCUCAUCUUCAUUUGCAGCGAGCGGAAACAGCGAUCCCUUUGGUUCUUUAGGAACGGGAAAUUGGCGACCGUCCGGUAAUUCUGGUUCUGUUCCUAUGACGCAGAUGAAGAAGAAUCCUGGCGUUUCGUCCUCUGAGAAAUUGGGGGGCGACCCUUUUGCUUCUUUCGCCGAUUUUUCCUCCAGGAAGCCACCUUCUGCUUCGCAACAAUCUAGUUCCGCUGCAAGUAAUUCAGAUCUCGGAUCUGGAUUUGGGGAUUUCCAGGCUGCACCUGCAGCCAACAAACCAUCGUCCUUUUCUACCCCAAAGCAGUCCGAUUCGUUUGGAAUUCCAACUCCAGGUACCUACUCGCAGGAACCGGCAGGUAAAUCUGGCGGUGGUGAUUCAUUGGAUAUGUUGUUCGCAUCUGCUUCAGCUGCUCAAGCUAGCGCUCAUCAACCGGCUUCAGAGGUCGAUGAUUGGGGUUUCAGCUCAGAGUUUGGAGGAAGUGCCGAUACGGGUACCACUACUGAGCUUGAAGGACUUCCACCACCGCCGGCUGGGGUGACAGCUUCCACAGCGAAGUCGAAGGGAUUAGAGAACUAUAAGCAGGGUCAGUUCGCUGAUGCAAUCAAAUGGUUGUCAUGGGCAAUUACGUUGUUAGGGAAAUCGGGUGACAAUUCAUCCAAUGAGGAGGUCUUGACUUGCAGAGCUUCUUGUUAUAAAGAAGUGGGAGAGUAUAAGAAGGCAAUUGCAGAUUGUUCCAAGGUCCUAGAUCGGGACAGCAAGAACGUUGCAGUACUAGUGCAGCGAGCGCUUCUGUAUGAGAGCACCGAGAAAUACAAGCUUGGAGCUGAGGACUUGAGAAUGGUGAUGAAAAUUGACCCGGGAAAUAGAGUGGCAAGGGGUACACUCCAUCGGUUGACAAAACUGGCAGACUAUUCUUAGCUAGUUUGUGUUAGCCUGAGAAUCGUUGUCCUUUAUACCGUCAAAAUGUUCUCGUCUUCUUCUGGAUUUUGCACUUCAUGCUGAUACAUAUAUUUUGUUCAAUGGGAGAUGAUAUGUGAUAUAGGAUACAUAUUCCUCAAAAGUAGUUUCGAGCUUGUUUUUUUUUCCUUCAAAGACUGUUGGUCGUGUUGUUUAAUGUACUGUAUCCGUUUUCUCUUUGUUGGUCCCGUUGCUUCUUAGAGUUGAUUUUGAAGAUUUCUUAGGUGAUUGGUUUACAUUCAGCAUUCAACAAAUUGUGAAUCCCAUCGAUGUUAUGCCAUUCUAUGAUAUUAUUAUUAUUUUUUUCCA